AUGGUAGCGGAGCCUGCGGGCUCAGUGAUGUACUCGAGUGGACGGGUAGCAAUGGGACGAUUCAGAGGAAUCGUGAUGGGGAUCGCCAGUGAGCUGAGUUGCCCAGCAAAGAGAGUUUUGUUGGGACGUCCAGCUGAUUGGCUAUCCUUUGAUGGGGGGGUGCGGCGUCUGUUAGAGGAGCUGAGGGUCGGCAGAGGUCAGCCAAAGGUUCCAGAGAUGUCUGAACUGUUGAUGAAGUACUUCAAAGGUACAAAGAGGACCAAAGGUGAAGGUAUGAGCGACUAUGUGACGAGGAAGGCUGAGGCAUACACCAGGGCUCAACAUUCAAUGGCCAGGUAUCUCCAAGAGCAAAAGUCCGGAGCUUCUUGGAGUAACAGGCCACAGUCGUCGUGGAAUACAGGGCACAGUCAGAACAUGGGAAGCUCAGUGACGGCAGAUCUACAAGACACAGCCGGCGAUGAUGAAGAUCGCUGGGAGGCUUAUAGCCAAGUUAGCUCAGCCGCGGCUCGGGUUGAAGAAGCACCGAGCCAAGAACAAAGAAGUUCCCGUGGGAAUCAGGAGCUUGAACUGUCCUGGUGGCGUCAGCAGGGAUGGGAUGAUUACUCUCACCGUCGUCCUUGGGGAAACUAUGGUGGCUGGCAUAGCGAAGUUACCUACGACACAACCGAGUGGGGACGGGGUCAGCUGCCAGAGAUUGUCCCAGCCUUCGUGCAAGGAUGGUAUCUCUUCAUAGACUCAGGGCUGGAUGUGAUGGAGCGAAACGUCCUACAGGCUGAACUCAGAGGAUGUUCUCCGAAGAAGAGAGAUGCAGAGAAGGGUAGAUUCCUGGCUAACCUAGCUGAUGCUGAAGAGUCCUACGAUGAGUGGUCCUGGCUUGGGGAGUGUGAUCCAGAGCAGCUGGAAGCUGAAGGUUUUUCAGCUGAUGAGAUCACUUGCAUGAUGACGGAGCAGGGCAACCAGAAGGAGGCACUGGCCGUGAUCCAAGAGGCACGUCGGACUCUGAGGGAUGCCAGAGCACGCCAACAUGCAGUUCGCACAUCCCGGCAGUUUUACCCAGUGAAAGGAGGAGGACCCUUGGGUGCUGCACGACCCGGAACCAGUGGUGGCAAAGGGGGUCCCAUGAAAUGUUUCAGAUGCGGUGGACCACACAAGAUCGCUCAAUGCACCGAACGUCCUCGUGACAGUGCCAAUGUCACCAUUUCCACUGAUCAGGAUGAGCAAGCUACGUUCAUCUUUCUCACCGAGCACGUCGUGGAUGAGCAGGAGGCCUGGGUCUGUGUGGGGCCGGAUGAUGAAAAUCGUCUCACGACCUCACAGAUCGUUGAGGCCGGCAACGCAGUGAUCGAUGGGGGAGCCACGAGGUCAAUUGGUUCCACGUAUGCCCUCUCCAAGGUUCUUGAGCCCAAUGAGGCAAAACAUGGCCGCGAUGGAAUGAGGGAUCUGGACCUUACUGACAGGCCGUCGUUCGGAUUUGGAAACUCCAGCCGUGACCAAUGUGUCUCCACGGUGAGUCUUGAUGUACCGUGGAAUCAAGGUGCUGGAGUUCUCAAAGUUCAUGCACUGGACAAAGGAACGUCUCCCAUUUUGCUGUCCAUAGACUCUUUGAGAAAGCUGGGUGCAGUGAUGGACUAUUCCUCCAGCUGCGCAGUUUUCCGUAGCGUAGAUCCGAAGAAGCUGAUCCAUUUGGAACAGUCAGCGGCAGGGCAUCAAGUGCUUCCUCUGACGGAUGAUGCGUUUGUGCCAUCUUUUUUAGAUUUGUGCUAG